AUGGUGAUUGUUGGGGAUGGAGAUUGUGGCCCUGACGACGCCACUCCGAGGGCGAGGCAGCGUGAUGGAGGAGACCAAGGGGUUCACUUAGCCUCUGAAGAACGGUCCUUAUACGGCGUCUUAAUCACUGCCUUUGUGCCCCUCGACCACAACGACCCACCGUCCUGCAGCCCUCGACCACAACGACCCACCGUCCUGCAGCACUCGACCACAACGACCCACCGUCCUGCAGCCCUCGACCACAACGACCCACCGUCCUGCAGCCCUCGACCACCACGACCCACCGUCCUGCAGCCCUCGACCACAACGACCCACCGUCCUGCAGCCCUCGACCACAACGACCCACCGUCCUGCAGCCCUCGACCACAACGACCCACCGUCCUGCAGCACUCGACCACAACGACCCACCGUCCUGCAGCCCUCGACCACCACGACCCACCGUCCUGCAGCCCUCGACCACAACGACCCACCAUCCUGCAGCCCUCGACCACAACGACCCACCGUCCUGCAGCCCUCGACCACAACGACCCACCAUCCUGCAGCCCUCGACCACAACGACCCACCGUCCUGCAGCCCUCGACCACAACGACCCACCAUCCUGCAGCCCUCGACCACAACGACCCACCGUCCUGCAGCCCUCGACCACAACGACCCACCGUCCUGCAGCCCUCGACCACAACGACCCACAGUCCUGCAGCCCCUCGACCACAACGACCCACCGUCCUGCAUCCCUCGACCACAACGACCCACCGUCCUGCAGCCCUCGACCACAACGACCCACCGUCCUGCAGCCCUCGACCACAACGACCCACCGUCCUGCAGGCCUCGACCACAACGACCCACCGUCCUGCAGCCCUCGACCACAACGACCCACCGUCCUGCAGCCCCUCGACCACAACGACCCACCGUCCUGCAGGCCUCGACCACAACGACCCACCGUCCUGCAGCCCUCGACCACAACGACCCACCGUCCUGCAGCCCUCGACCACAACGACCCACCGUCCUGCAGCCCUCGACCACAACGACCCACCGUCCUGCAGCCCUCGACCACAACGACCCACAGUCCUGCAGCCCCUCGACCACAACGACCCACCGUCCUGCAUCCCUCGACCACAACGACCCACCGUCCUGCAGCCCUCGACCACAACGACCCACCGUCCUGCAUCCCCUCGACCACAACGACCCACCGUCCUAUACAUCUAA